UCUGCUCCACAAAGCCACAAACUUGUUCUCGCCUCAUCCAAGAGUCCACCGAGGCGAAGAGGCGAAGCGUUGGAGGCAGCGCAGCAGUGCUGGCAGCCAGCAUCGGUCACCUUGGAGCAGUGCGAGUGGGAGGAGGGCGCAGGAGAUGAUCGGCAGCCUCUCGGGCUGAACUCUCGCUGGUCAUCUCUGAUUGAUUCAUCUCCGUUUUCUACAACUCUGCAGCAACAUGAGCUCCUCGUCAGCCAACCCUCACAGCAAACGCCUGCCCCCGGACGCCGAGCGAGGCCAGAGGCUGCCAGAUGUGGACGCGACACAGCAGCUAAAGCUGCGAGAAAGACAGCGUUUCUUCGAGGAGGUCUUCCAGCAUGACGUGGACGCCUACCUGUCCUCGGCGCACCUGUGUAUCCGAGACUACAAGAGGCCUCCUAUCGGCAGCAUCUCGUCCAUGGAGGUGAACGUGGACUUGCUGGACCAGAUGGAGCUGGUUGAGAUCUCUGACCAUGAGGCCUUGGAUGUCUUUUACAGCUCUGGGGGAGAAGACGGGGUGCCAGUCCAAGGAAACAACAACAACAACGAAGUGACGACUAACGGACUCCUUCGACAUGUCCUUGAGGGCCUUGAUACAAAGUCCCGCACGUCCUCCACUUCUUCAAACUCCUCCUCUGACAGCCAGACCAGCAACGCCCACGGAGGAGACACCCCCAACGUCAGGUCGGAGGAUGAGGAAACGCACACCAGCACAGUCAGGCGAAGAGCCGCGGCCCCAGAGAUGGAGAAGUCGAAAAGUCAGACUCCAUCUUCCUAGGAAGCACAAUGGGGCUCCACCUGCAGCGCGGCGGAGGAAAGGAGAGGACUUUGGGAAGCGAGCUGUUGAAAGACGCUGCUCUGCUACGACACCCUGGCUCAUUCACAUACAUACAUACAUACAGCUUUCAACCUUUCCUUUAUGAGUUGUGCUCUGUAUGGGUUUUUGGAGGUAGAGACUUAAACUGUAAAUAUGGAGAUUGAUACAUUUUAAUCGGUUUCCAUUUAUGUUUCGGCAUGUGUUUGUGGCAUUUUGGAUCUUGACCUCAUGGGACUUAGUCAUUUUGUACAGUAUUAAUACCCAGAACAGUAAACCACUGACUAGAGAAUGCAAUAAUUAGGUGACUAAAGGUAAAUUGGGCAAUAAAAUGCUGAAAGAACUUUGUGUUUUGAAGAGGUUCCUGCUUCAACAGCUCGAGGAGACUACAAGUACCCGUUUUCACAUGAUUUUCAUAAUUGAUAUGUUAAAUCAUAUGACUCAAAUACAAGGAGAGUGAAAAUAUCUACCUAUUUGUCAAAAAAGUAGAUUGUUCAGAAAAUACAGUAAUCGUGCAGUAAUGGAGCAACCUGUUGAACUUGUGCGUGUACAGAAGAGGGGGCAGGGACUCGUUUCGCAUACUCAAAUUGAAAAGCCAGUCCGUGCGAAACGACCAGGUGGAUGAACUCAUGUCGCUUUUUCCUCCUGGUAAGCAGACAUCAGAUCUCUUCAAAUAUUGACUUCAUUCUUAAUGUGUCACGUUUCCGGGUAUCGGCUCAUGUCUCCAAUAGUUCAGUCCUCCCACAUAAGG